AUGGCCGGUCUUGAUGAAGGUGUCGCAGCGAAGGUGCUGAAGCAGAUUGAGUUCUACUUUAGUGAGAGCAAUCUCCCAAGGGACAACUUCCUAAGGACCAAGGUUGAAGAGGGCGAUGGUUAUGUCGACCUUGAGCUGCUCUGCUCCUUCAAGCGGAUGCGAGAGCACUUGGGGAUCAAGACUGCGGACACACCCAUCAGCAAGGAUCUCUUGAACAGCAUUGCAGAAUUGCUGCGAAGCAAGUCGACGGAGUUGGAAGUAGAUGAAGCAGGUACGCGCGUCAAGCGGAAGAACCCCAUCUCUGAAGAGGCAGCCAAGACGUUCGACGCGCGCAGCAUCCAUGCCACCCCCUUCCCUUGGAACAUCUCGCUUGAGGAGGUUCAUGACUUCUUUGCCGGGCAUGCACAGGUGAAGAGCGUGCGCCUGCGCAUGAAAGCUGGCACCAAGCUCUUCAGCGGCUCUGUGUUUGUUGAGUUGGCGACAGAGGACGAAGCAAAGGGACUGCUAGACAAGGAUCUGGAAUUCCAGGGGGCAAAGAUCAGGGUCCAACCAAAGUUGAAAUGGAUCGAAGAGAAUAGGGAACAAUUUGAGGCAGACCAACAGCAGCGGCAAGCUCGGCAAAAGAAAGAGGAGGCUCAGGAAGCAGAGGAGGAGGACAUCGAGUACGACAAGGGCCUGAUUGUCAGCUUCGAGAUCAAGGACCUCACGAAGACGGAAGAAAAGGCGGGGGCGUCCGACGAGGGGGAUAAGGCGGGGCCGAGCGGGGCAGCCGGGGGCGACGGAGACGAAGAGAAGUUUGAAGAGGAGAAGGAAGAGGAAGAGGGGCCGCGGAUCCAGCGGGAGGACGUCAGCAAAGCGGUUGAGGGGCUGGGGGUGGUCAAGUUUAUUGAUUACCUUCGAGGGAACCCCGGGGGCUUCGUUCGCUUUGAGUCUCCGGACGGUGCGCAGGCCACGGUGAAGGCAUCUGAAGCGGCGGACGAGGGCGGCCUGAAGCUCGCCGACGGUGACCGGUACAUGGCUGUGUUCAAAUUGCUGGAAGGAGACGAUGAGAAGGGCUACUGGGUACGGCUUCGGCAAGGCCAGCGGAGCUACCGGGAAAGCAGGGGGGGUGGCCGGGGGGGUCGAGGCGGUAACCGGGGGAGGGGGGGACGGGGGGCGGCCGGGGGCGAGGGGGCGGGCGAGGAGGGGGGCGGCCGGGGGGGGGGCGAGGGGACGGCGGGGAAGUGGAGUCGG